AUGGGAUCCUUUCUCCCCUUCCGGCGGCGUCGCCGGGAGCAGGGCGCAGAACACAGGUCUGAUGGACCGCCAUCACUUCCAUCAUCGAGGACCUAUACUGUCCCGUCACCGGCACCAACACACCAUACUUACGCAUAUCCAAACUCCCUAGGAUACGCCGAUACAGCUUCUCUCCACUCAACCUACUCCCUCCCCUGGUCACCCAUCAGCAGCACCCCUUCUCCGACCCCCAUCCCUUGCGAUCAUCCCAACAAAAGCACUCCAGGCCUCUGGAUCUACGACUCCGACCGCAGCAACGCCCGCGAAGAGCUCGAAGCAGCCCGCCAACGCUCAAGGCUUAACGCUUACCAAAAUCCAAUUGUCUCCUACGGCCCAAACCCCGUCACCCCAACCCCAGCUCGCAUCUCAACACCAUCACCAAGCUACCUCAAUGGGUCUUCACGUCCAGACCCGCAGCCGACUCCCCCACCUCCGCAAAGAUCCCCUGGACCAACAAUCAUCUCUUAUGGACCAAAUAGAAUUACGCCUACCCCGCCUAUUGCAAACGUAACUGUCCCCCCAGAAGACGCAAUCAUUAACCGCCAACGAGCAGCCUGCUCGAACGCAAACUCGAACUCGAACUCAACCGCAAGCCUCACUCCCAACCCCAACCGGGACCCUUCCCCCUCCCCAUCCUUCCUCUCUCACCCCCAAGACGGCCACCUCUCCUUCGAUCGCCGACAAAGCAUAUCUCCAUCCCAGGAAGCAGAAUCCCCCACCCUCCCCUCCUUUCCCCCUCCGUCCGUCCCAAUGGGCCCAGAACCAUCAUCAUUAUCAUCAUCAAGAUCCUGCCGACCCAGCGUUAGUGCCAGCGCCCGCGCCCAUUCUGUCUCCCGGGAGCCAGACCAAACCAAAAAAGAAGAACCCGAGCCAAUAAUCGCCCCCCUACCGCCGUAUGCCUCGCCAGAAGAGUACGAAGCCAUGUCGCGCGGGGCGGUACGCACGCUGGAACUGCCGCGGGAAGUCCAGGCUGAGUUGCCGCCUACUAAGGAUGGGUAUUAUCAUUUCCUUGCGCCUGUGGCGUUGCAACAAACGGGAACAGGGCAGGAGGAGGAGUUUGAGUUGGAAGGAGGAUGGGGGCCGGGGAAAGAACCUUUGUUUCCCUUUAGACCUUGGGAAGCGGGGAGGAGGGGUCGGAUGGGUAUGGGGAGUGAAGAUGUGUGGAUGGAAGAGCAGAAGGUUUUGUUGGAUGAUGUUGGGAGAGCGUUGAAGGAGGGGAUUGUCAAGAGGGUUGAGGGGAAGGGGGUAGAAGAGGAAGAAGAGAAGGAGAGGGAGCCGCCUUGGGAGUUGAUGGAGCCGAGUUUUGUGGUUCUGAUGAGUUAA